AUGACAGUGCGAUUCACUAAAAUAUGCCUGUUUCGAACUUCGUUCGCGGAACGCUUUCGGCAACCGGCAGUGCACAAGAUAAACAAACGAUAUCGUAGAGUACAGACGCUAAGAAGGCAGCUGAGAAAGCAGAAUGCAAUACGACAAAUACGUGGUCAAAAAGUAAUCGAACUUGCCAAGCCAAGAGAAUCUCAUAGAAUUGAAUACAAGUGCUCCAAUAUCAGAUCAUGUGAUGAAUUUCGGGGAAAUGUUAAUCUAAGCGACUCUCGAGAUCCCCGAAAUAGCCUUGAGAAUACAUCGAAGCAGUGCUGCUGGUUGCACCAAGUUAACGGAGACCAUCCUAUCUGGCGAUGCAGACUCUUUCAAAGCAAAUCUCCGGAAGAAAGAGUUGAUCUAACCAAAAAGUAUAACGCUUGUUUUGAAUAUCUUGAAGUAGGACAUGUGGCUAACAAUUGCAAGAGAGGAUUCAAAUGUCGCGAAGAGGAGUGUGGAUUGCCCCAUCACCAACUUCUACAUGAAGCGCACGCUUCUGGAGCUGUAUUUCAUGGUCGCUCAUUCGCUCAAAAAAGAGAGGUCAUUCUUCAAGUCCAGGAAGUAAGAUGUUACAGUAGAGGCAGUAACAAAAAUAAAAUAAAUGUCCUGUGGGAUGGAGGAAGCACUAUUUCACUAAUUACUUUCGACGCAGCCAGAAGACUAAAUUUGAGCGGAAGGAGUACAAGACUGGAGAUAACAAAAGUCGGUGGAGAAGUUUCUCUUAUCGAAUCUAUGAAAUACAAUGUUACGCUCAUUGAUGAGAACAAUCGGCAUGUUCGAAUUAAUGUCUUAGGGAUUGACGUUAUUUCUAAUGACAUUGCUGGAUUGCACACUAAUGACAAUCCUGAACUGACAGCAGACAUUCCACAUACCAGUAUUAACAGACCGCAAGUUGGAGGUCGUAUAGAUUGUCUCAUUGGAUACGACUACGCAGCUUUCCAUCCAGUGCUGAUAAAAGUUGCAGGACAUUUACUUGUACUUCAGAAUAGAUUUGGUCGCCUAGUAGGUGGUUGCCAGCCAGUGAGAAAAGGUGUAUUUACUAAAAGAGUGGAAAAUGCACAGGUAUGCCACGUUCAAGGGCAUCUAAACGAAUUCUUUUCUAUUGAAAGCUUAGGAAUUCAGUGUACACCUAGAUGUGGUUCUUGCAAAUGUGGAAACUGUCAUCCAGGGGGAAAGGAUAUGACACUGAAGGAAGAGAGAGAAUACAGGCUAAUUGAAGAUAACUUAAAAUAUGAUGAAACCGAGAAAAGUUGGGAGGCGGCUUAUCCAUGGAUAAAGGACCCCCAUGAACUUCCAAACAAUAGAUCGGUUGUGCUAGCAAGAUUACAGUCAACCGAAAAACGCUUACUAAAGAACUUAGAACAUGCUGAUACUUACAAUCGACAAAUUCAAGACAUGAUUAAAAGGGGAGCUUCCAGAAUAGUCAGUACGGAAGAAUUGAAUCAGUAUCGCGGACCAAUUCAUUACAUUUCCCACCAUGCCGUCCUUAAGCCGGAUUCUAAAAGUACACCGUGUAGAAUUGUAUUUAACAGCAGUGCCAACUUCCACGGCCAUGUCCUCAACGAAUAUUAUGCUAAAGACCCAGAUAUGUUGAACACGUUGCUGGGGGUCUUGCUGAGAUUCAGUGAAAAUCGUGUAGCCCUUCUUGGCGAUAUAUCAAAAAUGUUUCACGCUAUAAAAAUACCAAUUCGUGAUCAGAUGACACACUUGUUCUUAUGGCGAGAUCUUCAGACAGAUAAAGAACCAAACACAUAUGCGAUGACAGCUGUAAAUUUUGGAGAAAACCUUCCGCGACUAUGGCUAUGGUCGCCCUACGAAAGACGGCAGAAAAGCAAAGGCAGAACUACCCCAUAG